GUUCCGGAGUGGACUGUCUGGCAGCCUUUGCUGGAUCCGAGAUGCAGCCGCCGCCCCGAAAAGUGAAGCCAGCCCAGGAGGUGAAACUUCGCUUCUUGGAGCAGCUGAGCAUCCUUCAGACCCGGCAACAGAGGGAGGCGGAUCUGCUGGAGGAUAUCAGAUCCUACAGCAAGCAGAGGGCAGCCAUUGAACGGGAGUAUGGCCAGGCACUCCAGAAGCUGGCUGGGCCAUUCCUGAAGAGGGAAGGGCAGCGGAGCGGGGAAGUCGACAGCAGGACAGUGUUUGGUGCCUGGCGCUGCCUUCUGGAUGCCACUGUGGCUGGAGGCCAAACCCGUCUCCAGGCUUCUGACAGAUACCGUGACCUAGCAGGGGGCACCGGGAGGAGUGCCAAGGAGCAGGUGCUUAGGAAGGGGACAGAGAGUCUUCAGCGGGCACAGGCUGAGGUGCUGCAGUCCAUCCGGGAACUGAGCCGAAGUCGGAAGCUCUAUGGGCAACGAGAACGUGUGUGGGCCUUGGCACAGGAGAAGGCAGCUGAUGUCCAGGCCAGGCUGAACCGAAGUGACCACGGGAUCUUCCACUCUCGGACCAGCCUCCAGAAACUGAGCACCAAGCUGUCUGUCCAGUCAGCCCAGUAUUCCCAGCAGUUGAGAGCAGCCCGCAAUGAGUACCUGCUAAAUUUGGUGGCCACCAAUGCUCACCUUGCCCACUACUACCAAGAGGAACUGCCAUCCCUGCUCAAGGUCCUGGUAAGUGAGCUGUCAGAAUACUUGAGGGACCCCCUCACUUUAUUAAGCCACACGGAGCUGGAAGCUGCAGAGAUGGUCCUGGAACAUGCCCGCCAUGGGGGGCAGGUGACUUCUCAGGUAAACUGGGAACAAGAUGUGAAGCUGUUUCUUCAGGGGCCUGGAGUCUUUUCCCCCACGCCACCUCAGCAAUUCCAGCCAGCAGGAGCUGAUCAGGUGUGUGCCCUGGAGCGGGGAGCAGAAGGGAUGGUUGGAGAGAGUGGCCUGGAGAAAGAGGUUCAGCGUUGGACAAGCAGGGCUGCCCGGGACUACAAGAUCCAGCAUCAUGGGCAUCGGGUCCUGCAGCGACUGGGACAGAGGCGUCAGCAGGCUCCAGAGCGAGAAGCCCCAGGCUUAGAACAGCGGCUACAGGAAGUGCGGGAGAACAUCCGACGGGCACAGGUGAGCCAGGUGAAAGGGGCUGCCCGGCUGGCCCUGCUACAGGAGGCUGGCCUAGAUGUACAGUGCUGGCUGAAGCCAGCCAUGACCCAAGCCCAGGAUGAAGUGGAGCAGGAGAGACGGCUUAGUGAGGCUCGGCUGUCCCAGAGGGAUCUCUCUCCCAUGGCUGAGGAUGCUGAACUUUCUGACUUCGAUGAAUGUGAGGAGGCUGGGGAGCUCUUUGAAGAGCCUGCCCCCCCAGCCCUGGCUACCAGAUCCCUCCCCUGCCCUGCACAUGUGGUAUUUGGCUACCAGGCAGGACGUGAGGAUGAGCUGACUAUCACCGAGGGUGAGUGGCUGGAGGUCAUCGAGGAAGGAGAUGCUGAUGAAUGGGUUAAGGCUCGGAACCAGCAUGGCGAAGCGGGCUUUGUCCCUGAACGAUAUCUCAACUUCCCGGAUCUCUCCCUUCCUGAGAGCAACCACGGCAGCAGCAAUCCCUCAGGAGCAGAGCCCACAGCAUUCCUGGCCCGGGCCCUGUAUAGCUACACUGGGCAGAGUGAAGAGGAGCUAAGCUUCCCUGAAGGGGCACUCAUCCGCCUGCUGCCCAGGGCUCAAGACGGUGUGGAUGAUGGCUUCUGGAGGGGAGAAUUUGGAGGCCGUGUUGGAGUUUUCCCAUCUCUACUGGUAGAGGAACUGCUUGGUCCCCCAGGGCCACCUGAAUUCUCUGACCCUGAACAGACGCUGCCAUCCCCUUCUCCUCCCAGUUUUUCGCCUCCUGCACCCACCUGUGCCUUGGAAGGAUCCGCUGCACCUGCUCUGCCUCUGGACAAAGUCCUAGACUGCCCAGGACCUCUGGACAUGAUGGUGCCUCGACUCAGGCCGGUAAGAGCCUCUGUCUUGGAGAAGACUGUCCUGAAGGGUCAUUCCUAUGGGUCCUGUUUUGUAUGCUGGGCUGAGGUAAUGGACAGGGAUAUUCCCAAGAGGGACUCUGGGGCACUGAUUAUGUAUAUCCCCUGCAGAUGCGUCCACCACCUCCCCCACCAGCCAAAGCACCGGAUCCUGGCCAUCCAGAUCCCCUCACCUGAAGGUCGGGGGGUCACUGCUCCCCCAGUGAUGCUGCUGCCCCUAUCUCCAUGCUGACAGACACCACCCCCGCAAUGAUCUGGAGCGACAUAGGCAAAAGCUGCAGUCUUCCCCCAUGUCCACUCUCGCCUCCAGGGGUAGAAGCUGGCCCUGUUCCCAUUUCUGGGAUUUGAACCCAUUCCUUUCCCACAUUGUUCUUCUGUCAUCUCUGGGCCAGAACUACCCCUUUGAUUUUUUUUUACCAUCACCCCAUAUCUAGGGUGGUAAAAUAUCCCAAAAUUUCUGGGGCUGGUACCCAUUCCUUAAAGCAUUUUACGGUUCUGGCUCAUCUCUGUCUUCACCCUGCCUCUGUGGCCAACUCCACCCCGAAUGCUGGGGUCACCAGGCCUGGAGCCAGGAGAAGAGCAGGUCUUGGAAGUCAGAAGGAGCUGGAGCCAGGAUGCAAAGCAACUGUAAUGGUCUGAGCGGAUUUAUUGACAGUGAAUAAAGGGCGUGAAGUCCAA